AUGUCUACUAUGUGUUCUUCAGAAGCUAAGGCACACGCAAGCGACGCGCAUUGUCCUCGCCCGGGCAAUGUGGCAAAUAUGCGAGGGCUACCGACUAGACGACGAAGCCGGCCAAAGAAGUUAGUCCGCCAUCGCCAGCAACAUCCAGUGCGCUUGGCAACACUUAACGUUGGGACGCUUACUGGAAGAAGUCGUGAACUGGCAGACAGUCUCAGAAAACGCCGUGUUGACAUAUGUUGUAUACAGGAGGCUCGCUGGAAAGGCUCCAAGGCAGGGGAAUUAGGCGAUGGCUACAAGCUGAUCUACCACAGCACAUCAAAUCGCAAUGGCGUUGGUAUCAUAUUGAACGAGUCGUUUAGAAAUAGCGUCACAGCGGUGGAUCCACUAUCGACUUAA